AUGACGAUAUAUCUCAUCCCUGCGACCUUUGACAAGCGGAUGAGACUGAACUAUCAUUCCAACAUUCAUCCCGCGCCCCAACAUGACUCUAUCGGCAAGGUCGCGACCCAUGAAGACGCAUCCCCCACGAACAACGUACAGCGCGGCUUCGUCGUAGCAAACCGGCCUGCUUCAGCCCCAUCUCCACCACGCCGCGACAUUGAUCAUUACAGCAGUCUGCUAGCUCGUGACGAUACCAACUGGGCGGAGUGGAACAAGUUGAAUAUUACUGCAGACGCCAUGCCUUUCACACGGUCGCAGUCGGACACCCAGUUCCUUCAUCCUCAGACCGGAACGAAGAUGGCACGGGCAAACGGUCACCUGACCAAGAGCCAGACUGGUCAUGCUUUCCUAGAAGAUGCCGGCCACCGGUAUCCGUUUGGCCAGGGACCGGGCUGGUAG